GUAAAAGAAGCUGACAAACACUUUUUGAGUCUUUGUGAUUAUUGCUCGCCGUAUUUUACUAUAUUCUUCAUAUCCUUUGAAAAUAUAAAAUCUAUAGAAAAUGUCUGCUCGUUAUGACCGCGCCGUUACCAUAUUCUCACCAGAUGGGCAUUUGUUGCAAGUGGAGUACGCUCAAGAAGCUGUGCGUCGAGGAUCUUCAGCAGUUGGUGUACGUGGAAAGGAUGUUGUUGUUUUGGGCGUGGAAAAGAAGUCUAUGCCUACUCUGCAAUUGGAACGGACGGUUCAGAAAAUCUGCACCUUGGAUGACCAUGUAAUUAUUGCCUUUGCCGGUUUAACCGCCGAUGCACGAAUUCUUAUUAACCGAGCAAGAGUUGAAUGCCAGAGCCACAAAUUGAAUGUGGAAGAUCCAGUUACUUUGGAGUAUAUUACACGGUACAUCGCCCAAUUGAAGCAAAAGUACACACAGAGCAAUGGUCGGAGACCUUUCGGCAUAUCCUGUUUAAUAGCCGGAUUCGAUAGCAAUGGGGAUCCUCAUUUAUAUCAAACAGAGCCCUCAGGAAACUACUAUGAAUGGAAGGCAAACGCUGUUGGGCGGGCAGCAAAAACUGUGCGAGAGUACUUGGAGAAGCACUACAAAGAGGAAAGUGUCGCAAAUGAAGAUUCCGCUAUAAGGCUUACAAUAAAAGCGUUACGUGAAGUAGCACAGUCAAGUGGAAAUUUAGAAAUCGUUGUCAUGAAGAAAGCGGAGAAACCAGGCGAAACACCCAAGUUAAUAACGCUUUCCUCAGAAGAGGUAAGGAAACACGUUGAAGCUAUUAAACAAGAAAAAGAGGAAAACGAUAAAAAGAGCCAAAAGAAAUAAAUAUUCGGCUAGAAUAUCUUAGAAUCUAAUUAUAAUAUCUUUAUUUUAUCGAAACACUAAGAGUUCUGUAAUCGCGAAUAAAACACCUUAAUAAAGAUUUGUAAAAUCCUUCGUC